AAUACUGCUCAGGUUUCAUACACAGAGAAACAGUAUAGAAUACUGCUCAGGUUUUGUACAGAGAGAGAGAGUAUAGAAUACUGUUCAGGUUUUUUACAGAGAGAGAGAGAUAGUAUAGAAUACUGCUCAAGUUCCAUAGAGAGAGAGAGAGAGUAUGGAAUACUGCUCAGUUUCCGUACAGAGAGAGGCAGUAUAGAAUACUGCUCAAGUUCUGUACAGAGAGAGGGAGUAUGGAAUAUAGUUUAGGUCCAAUAUAGGAAGAGAGGGAGUAAUAAGAUAAAUGUUGUUCAUUACUGUGUCUCUUAGAAAUGCCCCUUCUAAUUCGAUUAGGUAGCCCAGCCUCCUCCGUCAUUCAGACAGUGAAAUGGGUGUCACGGGGACGAGGACAGGAACAGAGGCCCGUUUCAGGGCCCCUGGGGCUGAGCGUGAGGGCAGGAGGACGGGGAGGCUCCAGCACCGCCUGGCUUCUCCUGCUCGGAUCUCCGCACUGGAUCGCCUGAUAUUUCCAACUCACGAGAUUCUGGGAUUUUAUAAAUUAUUAUUAUUUUAUGUCAAGAGGAUUUCAGUGGGACCUGCUGUUUGACGGACUGACGCACGGGCGCGGUUGCUGAAGGAGAGGUGGCGAUCUCUUGCCCUGUCUGCUCUUCUCUGCCGAGGGGAAAGUCUGCGGCCUGGUCCACAUGAACCUUGACCCUUUCAGCACUCGAACGUCUGACAUGAUUCGUGGUGUGGUGGUUUUCUUUUUCCUCACACAAGCCCUCGGGGCUGAGAUGGGGACCACAGGCAAUCUGAAAGAAAUCGUCAUCGGACGCUGCUACAACUAUGUGACUCUGGUUCAACCUAAUUCCAGGUAUGACUGUGAGGAAAUCUGGAGAGAGUUCCAGGAGGCGGUGUUGAGGAGGACAUCAUGCAAUGUGGCAGUGAGGGACUACCAAAGAAUGUUCCAUACCAUGCCACAGGCCCUGCCCUGUGAUAGGCUGCUGUUCUGGAGCAAAACCCACAAGCUUGUCCACAGCUACUCCGCGGUCACCCGCCAUUUCUGGACCCUGGAAGACACGCUUGCGGGCUACCUGUUCAACGACCUCGUCUGGUGUGGGCAGGACGACGGGGACCGAGGGUUCAAUUUUAGUUCCUGCCCAAUGUGGUCAACCUGUGUGAACCAUCCUGUGUAUUCCCUGUGGAAGCAAGCUUCAAAAAAUUUCGCCACCUUGGCGUGUGGGAACAUAACCGUCCUGCUCAACGGAUCCGUCCCAAACGCCUUCAGCCGGGACAGCAUGUUUGGAAGCGUGGAGCUGGACAACCUGAACCCUCGCAUGGUGAACCAUGUCAACAUCAAGGUGGUGGCCAACCUGGAGGGCCCCUUCCUGGAAUCAUGCUCGCAGGGCUCUGUCCUGGACCUCAUAAAAAUCCUGAGUCGUCGAGGAUUCCGCUGGACCUGCAGUGACAGCGAUGUGACCCUGAAGAUUCUCCAGUGCAUGCAGAACCCCAGGCAGUCCUCCUGCCAGACAUGCAGCAACAGCCUGCUGCGUGGACACUGAGAGCAUGGAGAGAGCGCCCUCUACAGGAACGGAGGCCACAAACAGCACGUUUUUCACACAGUGAAUUUGUGACAGAUGUAUAUAUAAUUUACCACAGAAAAUUAUGUAAAUAUUUUAUUAAUUAUUACUAACUGACAUAAGAAAUUAUUUAAUAAUAAUUAGUUCAUGAUUAGCACUGAAUUAAUAAUUAAUAAUUUGUUUGUUGUGAAUUAGGGUGGGAUUCCAUAGCCGUGUUUUAUUUUAGUAAUGCAAUUUGAGAACGCUCCAUUUCUAACAGCGCUCUGUUAAAUGAAAGGCAGAAAGGUGUGCUCUUUCUUUCUGUGAUGGCCCGAUUUAAGCGAUUAAAUGCACCAGCCUGUCAAUGUGUUUAUAAUGUGUAUAUACUCAUAAGCUGUUCCUAGCAGCCAGCCACUGCCUGUUGAUUUAAAAAAAAUGUCAUACUCUUGUUACUGUUGCUACAGUUGCUCAUGGUAUUGGCGGUCAGUAGAUAGCACCGGAAAACGGUGUGUAAAUGCGCGUUGGUAGAUGGUAGAGGAGAGCAGUGUGGAAAUGGCGGUUGGUAGAUGGUAGAGGAGAGCAGUGUGGAAAUUGCGGUUGGUAGAUGGUAGAGGAGAGCAGUGUGGAAAAGGCCGUUGGUAGAUGGUAGAGGGGAGUGGUGUGGAAAUGGCGGUUGGUAGAUGGUAGAGGAAAGUGGUAUGUAAAUGGCGGUUGGUAGAUGGUAGAGGGGAGUGUUGUGGAAAUGAUGGUUGGUAGAUGGUAGAGGGGAGUGGUGUGGAAAUGGUGGUUGGUAGAUGGUGGAGGAGAGCAGUGUGGAAAUGGCGGUUGGUAGAUGGUAGAGGAGGGUGGUGUGGAAAUGGCGGUUGGUAGAUGGUAGAGGAGAGCAGUGUGCUUGGCUUCAUGGCGGUGUUGUCCGUUGUACAGGAAUUAUCACCCUUUUUACAGGAAGUAUCACUUUAGGAGAGGGCACAGAGAGAUGACUCGGCA